AUGCUUGUCCUGCGGUGGUGUGGACGAUGUGCUGUGGUAAGAACAAUCACUUUUCGACGAUCAGAUUCAACACUGGCGGAAAAGAUGAGGCAUGCUGCGGAAGGGGUUGAAUUAGUGGAAUCAGAAGCCGCACAUCAGAAGGAUCGACUGGAAACCGAGUUUGAUGAGAAAGGUGAACCAUUUCGUGAGCUGUUCGUAAUGCCACAUCGUAAGCUGAAUGCUCAACUCCAACUUGAGCGAUUGACAGGUCGUGCGAAAGUUGUACGGUACAGUCGAAUGGAUAUCGCAGAUCGUCUUGCUGUUCGCCGACCCAGGUACGAAGAAAUGCGCACUGAUCAAGAUUGGCCUAGUGUUUGGCCUGUAGCCGCAUCGUUCCGUUCAUCUGUGGUACCUUUACCAAUUCGAAUGGGCUCUAGACCUCAUCCUGAAAAAAGACCGCCGUUUCAAAAGUUGGGCAAUUUAGAACUGAUGAAGAUUCCAAAUUUUCUCCACCUCACUCCAGCCGCUAUUCAACGACAUUGCAAUGCCAUAAAAAAAUUUUGUACAGAAUGGCCUGAAGAACUUAAUAAGAGCGAAGUUCGUGAGGCAAAUUUUCCAGUUACUGUAUCCUACAGUGAUUAUGUACAUCAAGGUACAUCGUUGCGAGAUCCAAGGGCACGAGUUGUUACGAUUACUCUGAAAUUGGCCUCUUUCGAUCUAAUGAUUGAGAUAAUUGUCAAUUGCAGAUGUUAUACGCGCAAGCAGAAUCGAGAUUAUGCAUUCUAUUUGUUAACGGCUCUUUAUCACGAAUCAAUUAAAGCCGAAGCAUGGGAGAAGAUGGCACAGCGAGUCGAUGAUCUCAAGGUGAAAUAUGACGGAUCGCCAACACAACGAAGUGUUGAAGAAGUCAUCGAAAGGCUGCAAACCGAGAAGAAGAUGUCAGCAAACGACGAUUCCGGAGCAGUUCCAAGCGUUCAGGAUUCAGAACCUGCGUCCGUUCGUGAACAUAUGGAGAAUUUCAAGGAAAUGUGGCAGAAGUAUCGAAAUGAGGUGAAGCUUUCGGUGUUUAUUGGAAGUUUUCAUCGAUUUGAUCAUUACAAUCUGGUUUGA